CAAGUGCCGCACGUAUACUUAUUUAACAACUAAGGACGUGACAAUACACUGUACAAUUAAGAGAAAGAGAUUAGAAAAAUAAAAAAAGAACGGAGAUAAAGGGAGGGACAGAAAAAGAGCAAAAUAGAGGUGAACAUCAUUUGGAAUUUUUGUUUAGAAAAAGCAAUACUUAUAAACCCACUACUUCGGCUAUCCUUCUUCAUCAACGAACACACACAUAACUCCUUUUGAUUAUUUCCAAAAUUCCCACCGCCAUGUGAACCAAGAGGACCUUUUUUCCCUCUUUCCUCUGAUUUUUGCUUCACUAAAAGCGCUACUACAAUCGCUGCCAUUUUACCGUUCGAGGUGCGGAGUCACAUUCUAGUCGAGGUUUGCCGAGGUGUUUUUCCUGGUUUUCGGUUUCGGGCUUCUUAGAUCAUUGAGUUUCGAAGGUGUUAAUGGCAAGAUCUUUGAAAUAAAGGCUAAUUUCCUUGCUUUCGAGGGAUACCAAAGGUUGAUUUGGGAAAAAGAAGAACUUACCUCUGAGCGGGAUCAACUUAUGGUCGAGCGAGAUAAAACUAUUGCUCGCCUCUUGGAAUUGGAAACCAAAGCUGCUAAGGCCGUUGUGUUAGAGACUCAGUUGCAGCAAAGCGAGCAAGAAGUGGAAGCCCUUAGCCAGGAGAUUGCCCGGCUGAGGGUUCAAUUUGAAGAGGCCAAGGCCAAAGGAGCUGAAGGACAUAAUGUUGUACUUGCUGCAUCAAAUCACGAGGCUACCUGCGCUGAGAGAUUGACCAACCUAGAGGCAGCCUUGAACUCCAAAACUGAAGAGCUUGCUACUGCGGGGGUGAAAUAUGUCCUAUUGGAAGAGAAGUAUAAGAAUACUAUUGAGCAUAAUAUAAUUUUCAACUCUACUGUCCGCGAACUCGAUGUGAGCCUCAAGUCCGUUAGAUCCGUGCGGGAAAAUCUUUAUGUCGAGCUUAACCUACUCAAAGAAGAACUCAGGCUCCGAGUGACUUCCUUCGUUGUUGAGAAACCUUACAUUAUGUACAACAUAAGGAGAAAAACCUUGGAAGAGGCUAAAGCGGGUAUCAUUGAUUUUGAUGCCGAAAUCACUAAAGCCCGUGAGCUAGAGUUAGCUGAUAAAAGGGGUUUCCCAACAGGGCUUGAUGCUUCCUAUUCUUCUGGUUUUGAUUCCGAAACUUCGGGAACUGAAGAGGAAUCGAAAGGCAAAGAAAUUGAAAGCCAAACUGAUGAGGUCCAAGAUGUUGAUCCAUCGGUGGAUCUACCCAUUUUCCCUGGGGGCGUGGACACUUCUCUUCUUCUAGCUUCCGGAGAUGCAACAGUUUAGCUUUUCCUUUGUUUUCCCAACUUUUGUAUCUGUGCCAUUUUGGCACGUUUAUUGUGAGUAAAAACAUCUUUUGCUCAAGUAUUGCAUGAGUCUUUUUUCGUUUGACC